AUGAAUGUUGAUUUGUAUUCUAUAGUUACUGGUACUCAUUUAACAGAUUCUAACAAGUGUAGUGAAAUUUCCAAUUACCUUCUACAAUUAUUAUCCAAAGAUUAUACUGAAAUUUCAUCUACAUAUGAUAAAUUAUUAAAUGAUGAUGAAUCACUACGGAAUAGUUUACACAGUUUCGUUCUAAAAUCUGCUCCUAUCGCUUUAAAUAAUAUUAAUUAUACCAACAAUUCAUUAUAUCAUGUUGGGAAUUUAUCAAAAAUUGCUUUUGAUAUUAAAUCUUCUAAUUUAUUAUCACAUAAAUCUACGGAGUUGGAAGAAUCAUUAACUAGAAUUGUUGAAGAAUUAACAGAGAUUAAUUCGGAAUAUCCUGAUUACAAAUAUUUAAAUUCAUUAUUAAACUUUUUAAACAAUUUUGAAUUGAAUGAUACAAAUUUGUCAUUUUUACUAUCAAUCAAUAAGGUUCUAAACUCUAAUGAUUCUAUUCAAAGUGAAUUAGGUUUAUAUCUAUCAAACAAAGUUAGAAACUUGUUAGUUUCAGUGGAAUUUGAGUUAUUUACAUCAUUUAGUAAUGAUUUUGAUGAGAAUACUAAGAUAAUAGAACUUAUUAAGAAAAUUGGUUUAUCAAGUGUUCAUGAAAUAUCUGUUGGUUUUCUUAUGAAUAGAUUUGAUUAUUUGAAUAAUUCCUUCAAUUCCUGUGUACUCAAAUCAAAUGUUAAUAUUCAAAGAAAUGUGUUUGGUGAUAUUGAUGUAAAUUUAUCAACAUUUGUGAACAGAGUAUUUCAAGAGUUUUUUGAUACAAUAAUAAAAAUAAAUUCACAAGAUAAAUUGGAACUGGAUUUAAAUUUAUCACAACUUGAUGAAGAAUUAAUAAAUUUAUCAAAAUUAUUAUCACCAUUAGGAUUAUCAUUUCAUCAUAUUACUAAUUUUACAUUAACCAAUAUUAUUAAUAUAUAA